UGUUCUGCAGAGAUUCCAUUUUACAGGACUCGCUGCUCGGCGUUAAAAACUUGUGUGUAAGUAGGAAGUAGCCAAGGACACUGGCGACACGUAGUCAUAUGAAGGCGUGCUAGAAACGGGAAGCUAAUCCUUGGUGGAGUAUUGAGGAAUAAAUGAUGAUCUAAAAAAUGAAGACAAGAAGACUUUAACACCAAAAGCGCUUCAGGUUAUGGGUGUGUAGAAACUUUUCUUCUGUAAUCUCCACCGUACAAAUAUGGACUUGGAGGAGCAAAACAUGCCAUCGGUGACAGAGAGGACAUCGCUCAAGCUCUCUCACAUACAUAAAUCACCAAGUGUGACAUCAAAUGAAAAUAGUCAAGAUGCACAACAGAAAGGUGGCUGGGAGAUAAUGGAAAACCUACAGGAGCCAAAGGGCAAUGUGCAGAAACCAAGAAAGCAAGAAGGCUUCCUGCUGAAGAAGAGGAAGUGGCCAAUGAAAGGCUGGCACAAGAGAUACUUUCUUUUGGAAAGGGGGAUCCUAAUGUAUGGCAAAACAGCUGAUCUGAAGAAGGGGAAACUCCGCGGCCGCAUUGACAUUGGUCUCUCUGUCAUGUCCAUCAAGAAAAAGACCAUGUGUAUUGAUCUGGACGCAGAAGACAGCAUUUACCAUCUAAAGGUAAAGUCACGGGAUCAGUUUGAUGAAUGGGUGUCACAGCUACGAAAUCACCGCAUAUUCCGUCAGAAUGAGAUAGUAAUGGAUCCUCAAGAGUGCCAUCUACACUCGGACUCUGCAUCACUCAGAAGGCAAGCUGUUCUCUCUAAACAACCUUCUGUCCUAUCAAAGAACAGUUGGCUACAGAGCUCAGAAGACAUGAAGAAAUGCUGUAGAGAACUGUCAGAGUGUGAAUCAUCUCUGCUAGAAUUAAAUCUGCUGUUGAAGAAUAUGGAAGUAUUGCAUCGCACAUUCUCUGCCCCUGCUAUAAACACAUUGCAGACUGAAGUUCCCAAGAAAGAAAAGAAAGGAACAAGGAGAUGGAGGUCCAAAAAUCACAGAAAAAAUAGCAAAGACACCAUACAGGUUUCUGGCUCAACUUCAUCUGCUCAUCUACAUGUUUCAAACCCAAACCUGACAUAUUCUGAGCCUUGCUGUCCAGAGUCACAUCUAGACACGCCAGACUCACCCACUGAUGCCUCGCAGUUGCAGGAGGACUUCUGCAGGUUGGCCAGUACUGUGUGUGCCACCUUGAAAUCUACAUACAUGUCUCUGUGUAAUGAGAGAGACAGAGUUAGAUGCACUCUGGAAUUAAAGAGCAUUCCUGAUAAGGACAUGACCGACGGGCCCCAACACCUCCUGCAACAGGUGUCAAAUGAAAUGCGAGGCUCAAUCCCUGAGUCACUGUCAGAGUUUUUUGAUGCAAAAGAGUACCUGCUUUCUUCCAGCUCCUCUGAGAAUGAGGCCUCAGAUAAUGACUCCUGCUUAAGUGAUGUGAGUGAUAAUGCUUCUGUGGAGCUCUGCAGCAGCGAGGGAGGGAUUGAGAAGGACAACACAGACAGAAGCAUGGUGCAACGGCGCUUAAGGCUACCGAGUGCGUGUGUCAGUGGGGGUGUGAAUGUGUGGAGCAUUCUCUCUGCCAACAUUGGGAAGGACCUCUCGAAGGUGGCCAUGCCAGUACAGCUCAACGAGCCUGUCAACACACUGCAGAGACUCUGUGAGGAGAUGGAGUACUGUCACCUGCUGGACACAGCUGCACACACGCAGGACCUGCAUAUGCGCAUGGUGUACGUUGCAGCAUUUGCUGUGUCGAUGUAUGCAUGUACGUUUACCAGAGCAGGGAAAAAGCCCUUUAACCCUGUACUGGGAGAGACAUACGAAUGUGAGCGUCCAGACAAGGGUUUCCGCUUCAUCUCGGAGCAGGUAAGCCACCACCCUCCUGUGUCUGCAUGCCACUGCGAAUCCAAAAACUUCACACUUUGGCAGGAUGUCCGGUGGAAGAACAAAUUUUGGGGCAAGUCCAUGGAGAUUGUCCCAGUGGGAACCACCCAUAUAGUGUUGCCAUGUUUUGGGGAUCAUUACGAGCUGAACAGGGUCACCUCCUGUAUCCAUAACAUCCUAAGUGGUCAGCGCUGGAUAGAACACUAUGGUGAGAUGACAAUCAAAAACACAGGGACUAUCGAAGACACCAGCGUCUGCAAACUUACCUUCCUUAAGUCCAAGUCUAGAAGCUUAAACACUAAUGACGUAGAAGCAGUAGUUACUGAUUCGGAGGGGCACGUGGUUCACUCACUCUUUGGUAAAUGGAAUGAGGCCUUGUACCUCGGGGACCCACCCUCAGCCAUCUGCAUCUGGAGAGCCAACCCCAUGCCUGAGGACUAUGAACAAUACUACGGCUUCACUCAAUUUACUGUUGAAUUGAAUGAGUUGAAUGAGAGCAUAAGUCCAUUCUUGCCCCCAACGGAUACACGUUUCAGACCAGACCAGAGGUUGCUGGAGGAAGGAGAUAUUGCUGGAGCAGAAGAACAGAAGGAAAGGAUAGAGUCACUGCAGAGGGAGAGAAGGAGAUUACUACAGGAGAACAACAUAACUCACACACCCAGAUUUUUCAAGUCCGGUGACUGGGAAGGCCACUGAAGAGCACUGAGCUCAUGUCAAGUUCACGAGACCAGUUUGAGGUGACUUUUGCUUUGUGACAUAGGGCAUUAUCAUGCUGGAAGUAGCCAUUAGAAGAUGGGUAAAUUGUGGAAAUGAAGGGAUGCACAUGUUCAGCAACAAUACUCAAAUAGGCUGUGGAUUAACAGGCCCAAAGUGUGAAAAAGGAAACAUUCCCCACACCAUUACACCUCCUCCACCAGCGGGGACUGUUGACAGAAGGCAGGCUGAGUCCAUGGAUUCAUGCUGUUGGCGCCAAAUUCUGACCCUACCAUCUGUGUGCCUCAGCAGAAAUUGAGAUUCAUCAGACCAGGCUAUGUUUUUCCAGUCUUCACCUGUCCAGUUUUGGUGAGCCCGUGCCCACUGCAGCCUCAGGUUUCUGUUCUUGGCUGGCGGAAGUGGAACCCGGUAUGGUCUUCUGCUGUUGUAGCCCAUCCGCCUCAAGGUUCGACCUUUUGUGCAUUCUGAGAUGCUUUUCUUCUCACCACAAUUGAGUGGUUAUCUGAGUUACUGAGCCUUUCUGUCAUCUGUCAUCAAACAAGCCUGGCCAUUCUCUAUUGACCUCUCUCAUCAACAAGGAGUUUCCAUCUGCAGAACCGAGAUUAUUUUUGUUAUCUUCUAUUAAGGUGGAGAAGUAUGCUAACCUAGCAGCAGUAAGAUCCUUUCUAUAGAUAAGAAGGUGGCUCUUCCAUACAAUUUGGAAUACUUCCAAUUUAGUUUGUCACCAUUUAUGUUCUAACUUUUGAGUGGUGUGUUUUAAGGUGCAAAAAAAAAAUUGACAGUGAAUAUCGUGUUUUCCAGUCAAGAUGGGAAACAGAUUAUCUUUUACCAAGUUCAAACGGGCACUCGUGUUUGGUUUGUUUGGAAACGAAAUCUGUAAUAAAAGAUUUUAAUUUAAAUCGCCAUUACACCACUGCUCACAAAGAGAAGUACAAAAGGUACACCAGUGACAACAGAGUUGCUGCCAUCUCAGAUUUAAAAGGUAAAAUACAUCGUCAGCAAAACCUUUUUGCCAAAUGCAUGACAGUGCAAGAAUCAUCACUAAAGGCAUCUUAUGCGGUUUCACUUGUGUUGGGAAUAGCGGGAAUGUUGUCUGAACUGAUCGGCAAAUGCGUGUCUUUGGUGGGUGGUCUGGUAUGGAAAUCUGACUUUCAUUUCAAAUUAAAUUUCAUUUGACAGUGAAGUCGAUCAUAUGAAUAAGUAUAAUUGCACAAGUUUUAUAGUUAAUAAAUUCUUUAAAAACGCAUUGCAUUAAUUGUACAUUGAUUUGCCUCGAUAAAGAGGAAAUUGAGUACAGCAGUAUAAAAUGUGUUAGCCUAAACAUUCAGUCACCUGAGCACUGACAUGAUUGUAUGCUUGACGCGGUAGCGUAGUGAAGUGCAUAUGUAAGUCACAUUUUAAUUCAAAUGAGGUAGUAUUUUAGGAUGAUUUCUGAAUGGGAUAGUGAGACUAUGUUUUCUAUAUUUAAUCCAAAUUCCAGUUUUUAAAUCAAGGGUGUGUCUGCCAUAAUGAAUGAGACCUAUUCUUCAAAUGAGCUGACUUCAUAUCCAGAUUUUUGUGCAAUAAAUAGAGUAUUAUUAUAAAUAAAUGCGACGCUCCUUCUCUGCCGGUUAAACAAGGGCAGUGCAUAUAAAGUCCCCUCUGAAAGUAUUGAAAUGGCAAGGCCAAUUCUUUUGUUUUUUCUCUACACUGAAGACAUUUGAUGAACAACUUUGAACAUGGCACCUUUUGUUUGAACCCAUCCAUUUUUCAAGUGAUCAACAAUAUUGGAACAUGUGACUGACAGGUGUUUCUUGUUGCCAGGUGUGCCCUGUUAGAUUGAUUGUUUAAACAAUUAAUAGCUCUAAAUUUCUACUCUUGGUUUGAGCCCUGGGUUUCUCCUGUGAAGACUGCAUUUGUUGUUAAAAAGGAUAAACCAACAUGAAGACCAGAGAGCUGUCUAUGGGAGAAAAGCAAGCCAUUUUGAAGCUGUGAAAAGGGGGAACAUCAAUCAAAGCCAUUGCACAAGCAUUGGGCAUAACCAGUACAACAAUUUGGAAUGUCCUGAAAAAUAAGGAAACCACUGGUGUACUAACAACCAGACAUGGAACAGAUUGGCCAAGAAAAACAGCAGCAGGUGAUGACAGAAACAUUGUGUAGCUGUGAAGAAAAACCCCCAAACAACAGUCAGUGACAUCACCAACAACCUCCACAGGGCAGGGGUGAAGGUAUCACAAGCCAAGUCAAUCACCAGACCCAACUGAACAGCAUUUCACCCCCUGAAGAGGAGAUUGAAGGGAGAAAUCCCCCAAAACUAACAACAACUGAAAGAAAUAUUAAGUGGUACUUACUUUAAGACUAUCUGUUACUAUAUUUUUGCUCACCUACUUUUGCUCACGAUUCUAGGAGGGCUAGCUGUGUUUAAUGCUAUAUACUCAUUAGGUCUAAACUUUAUGUUAAACAAAGUCUACUAAAUCCCUGAUUAGUAAUAGUUUAAUUUACACUAAGCACUUUAGAGAGAGCUAAUAUUUAGUGGUUUUAGCUUCACAUCAAAGGUGCUGGCUGGGCAUUCAGUAUGUAACUAGUUUUAUGUUAAUUCAGUUACUAAAACAAACUUUCUAAGUGCUUCUACAUUUUUGUUUACCUUGAGGAACAGUCUCAGUAUGGUGGUACCUGAGUGAUGACUGAACACAGCUAGCAGAUUAGCCUGUUGGUCUUCUCCUGGGCCUUGGCUCUGGACUGUCACUGAUUAAGUAAGCCUGUCCUAAUACUAUGAGCUAUGCUGCAAGAAGUGAGAGCCGCACCUUCCUGAGUGGGAUGGAUACAGUCCUGCCCUAAAAAACUACUCUCUAAAGCCCACACUGUUUUUGGGAGCACAUACACAUCCAGCAGUUCAGGGUUUGCUACCUGUGCCUAGGGCACCCAGAUUUUCCCUGUGGAAACUAUGCUGCUCUUGCUAGUCCUUUUGAGGGGCCCCCCAUCCCCUCCCCAAUUCUGCAGUCUUCUCUGUCAGAGUGCUAACUUGUCUACACUUCUCACAGAUAAAGCUGUUACUAAUGACAGAAGAAGAAUGACUAAACAUCCUGUGCUCGACACACUGAACAAGCUCAAUGUUGGCCAUGUCAAACGUAUUACACUCACCCUUAGUCAUAGCUUUCUGGUGAGGAUUUCAGACAGAUCCGAUGUGGAUGGCCUCUGUUUGCAGGCUUUAAACAACAAAAAAAAUUUGUUCUUCAAAAAGAAGUGGUGGCAAAAAUGAAAAAAAAAAGUUACUGAUGAUAGAAAUGUUUAACUUAAACCCUGUUGAAACAAGCAAGAAAUUUGAACACAGGAACUAUGUCAAAAGAACAUAAUUUUCUCUCUCUUCUCA